UAAAGCAUUUCUCUAUCUCUUUAAUAUAUAAGUUCCACUAACCUCUCUUCUCUUCACUUCAUUCACAUAAGUCAUAACCUUGAAAGAUGACGAGUCUCUACAGAAACACAUCCUCUUUUGUUUAUCUCCUGUUUUGUCUCUUCAUCACAUCUUCGUCUGCGGGUUCCUUUAUACGACAAUUCAGUGAUGACUUCAACACAAUUCAACAGCAGAAGGGAAAAGAUGGACCAACACCAAACCUGGAAAAAGGAAAUUACUUGCAUAAACAUAAUGAGAUCUCAUCAUCACUUGAUUAUAAAGUAUCAGCUUCAAACAUAGUGAAAGGUCUAACAGAAGUUCCUCCCUCGUCUUACUCUUUCAAGAUAGAGUCUUAUAACUCGUUCCUUAAAAUCCCCUACUUGGGAUUCGAAUCUCGUCCCUUUGCAGCUGGUGGAUACAACUGGGUACUUAAGGUACACCCUAACGGGCUCACGUGGGAUGGUACUUCAGGAUACGUUUCGCUUUACGUACUCUUACACGAAUCGACCCCCAUCACUGCAGAUCAAGUCGUUUACGCGGAUCUAAGGUUUUACAUCUUCAAUAACAACGAGAAGAAGUACUUUACCGUCCAAGAUACCAACGUAUGGAAAUUUACUGCACCCAAAAGGCUUUUGGGAUUCCCUAAGGUCAUGUCUGCAGAUCAAUUCGAAGACCUGCGAAACGGAUACAUCUACGAUAAUCACUGUGAGUUUGGUGUUGAUGUGACCGUUGCUUCUCACUACCAAAAAUCUGAAUCUUUAUUUGUCACUGAGAAAUUCGAUAACCCAAUAUUCACUUAUGCACUCCUGAGAUUCUCGACGCUGCUCAAAGAAAGUUACCAAUCCGAUGUGUUCUCCAUUGGAGGAAGAAGCAUGUAUUUACAAGUGUUUCCGAAUGGUCGUAAUCUUUCAAAGGGAAAAGCCAUGUCGCUGUAUCUUAACAUUAACGAUAAAUUCAAACCCUUUGAGAUGAUUUAUGUUCGAGCCAAGCUUCGAGUUCUUAACCAACGCAAACUCAAUAACGUCGAAAUACAAGUUAGUAAUUGGUACACUUCUUGGUUUUAUUACUCGGGCGACUUUCAGAUUAUCCCUCUAGCUGAUCUCAGAGAUUCAUCAAAGGGUUUUGUUGUGAAUGAUAUGUUGAAGGUUGAAGUUCAACUCGAGGGCAUUUCCUCAACCAAGUGGUACCCUAGUUAGAUUUCUCAAACUAUAGGAACUUGAAGCUCCAUGUUUUUCCUUUGUUACCAAACCACCUAAUAAUAAUAAAGGGUAAUUUGUGUUUGCAUUUUUUUUUACAUAUAUUUUCUUUCUCUAGCAAUAUUAAAUUAUCAUUCCUCUUCUAACGACCAUAUUAAGUUAUUAACUCUUGUCUCUUCAAGCAUAAUGGUUUUCACUCA